GGCAACGCUGCGGGAAAUUUUCACCUUUGAAGGAACGAAAAAAAAUGAAAAAGGGGGGAAAAACUCCGCGCCUGCUAGUACUGCUAUGCUCAUUCGUGUGGCCCCUCUUAUGGUCCUUCACCCUCAUUCCUAACCGCUCAAGCUGCUUCAAACAUGGCAGUAGCUACGGAAAAGGAGCCCUUACAAUAGGCAGCAGGAGAAGCGACCAUCGGAACAAAAGAAAGCAGUUCGCCCUGCAGAACUACGGGAAGGAAUUUUCUGAGCGAGUAAAGAAGCUAAAGCUCCUAUCCGACGUUUUAAAAAUUGACGCGUACCCAUCGUCCUUCAUAAGGAGAACGACCAAGGUAGAAGACUUGAAGAGGAAGUACGAGCAUUUAAAAAGCGGAGAAAAGGACGACGGCGAAAGGCAUGUGAUAUACGGCCGAGUGACAGUCAAACGGAACGAUGGAAUGUUCCUGAAUGUGCAGGAUGAUGGUGGCUCUGUACAAGUGUAUAUCGAUGCAGAGUUGUUCCUUAAAGGGGGAAGCGAAUCGGAGGAAAAAGGGGAUGGCUGUCUAGAGAACGAUGGGGAGAAUGCCCUGGGGAGGAAGAAUACCCCUCAAGGUGCAGCGAAAAAGGAGAUUAACUCCCACAGCAGUGAUGCUGAUGCUGAUGCUAAUGCGAAUGGUACUGAUGGAGGGGGAAGGCAAUUCCUCGCAGGCACAGAAGGAGAAACCCCCCACAAAGCCAACCCCGUAAGUGUGAGAAAAAUUGUCGAAGUAGGCGAUUUCGUAGCCGUCAAAGGAUUCGUUAGGAAAUCCCAAAGGGGAGAAAUAACUCUACACACAGAAGAAAUUUUCUUGCUGACUAAAUCGUUGCUUCCCCUGCCAGACAAAUACAAAGGAAUGAAAGAUGUUGAAUUUAAGUACAGAAAAAGAUACCUCGAUUUUUUAAUCAACAAGGAAGAAAAGGAAAAAAUUAUUACCCGAUUUGCAGUCAUACAGGAAAUUAGGAAACUAUUGUUAAGAAAAAAAUACAUAGAAGUGGAUACCCCAAUAUUGCAAUCCAUCCCUGGAGGUGCCUCAGCUAAACCAUUUGAAACGUUCCUAAAGUCUCUGAAUUUAGUUCUAUACUUAAGAAUAGCACCGGAGCUCUUUUUGAAAAAAUUAAUCAUAAGUGGAAUUUCAGAACAAAUUUUCGAAUUCAGCAAAUGCUUUCGCAAUGAGGGCUUAAGCACCAUUCACAACCCUGAGUUUACGCUGCUAGAAAUUUACAAGGCGUAUUCUAACUAUAAAUAUAUGAUUAAAUUUGUUGAGAGGUUAAUAAAAAAAGUGUUGAAGAAAUUUACUCUUCGUUCUACUGUCCACAACGGUUUGCCCUAUCAAAAGAGGUGGAAAAAAAUAUCCUUCAUAAAAAUAGUAAAGGAUUACACGUGUGUAGAUUUUCUCAAGUUGUCCUUCGAGGAGGCCUACAACGAAGCAAAGAAAUUAAACGUAACCUUCGAUCAAGGGAAGGAGUACUUAAAUUGGGGACUCAUCGUUCAAGAAGUUUUCAAACGAAAGGUGGAACCCUUUUUAGAGAACCACCCCAUUCAUAUAUAUCACCUCCCUGCAGAUACUUCCCCCCUGGCCAAGACGUUAAGAAAAAAUGAAAGGCUCUCUGAACGGUUUGAAACGUACAUAGGCAAGAUGGAAAUAGCGAAUGGCUACUCGGAGGAGGCCAACUCUCUCAUGCAGGAAAGGAAGUUCAUUUCGCAAUGUGCCUUAAAGAAUAAAAAUGUUGAACAUUGCAAUGUUUGUUGCUCAGAUAGGUUUGCUCCUACGGAUGAUGUUCAUUCGGGUGCUUACCGCGGUUAUCCAAACCAAGUGAGUGCUCCCUCUGGUGAGGAAUCCCCCAAAGGAAGCGAACAAAUUAGCUCAAAAAUUCAACAUGUGCAAAAUGACAGUCACGAAAUCGAUUACGAUUAUGUUACCGCCCUGGCGCACGGCUUGCCCCCAACGGGAGGCCUGGGAAUAGGCAUAGAUCGCCUGUGCAUGCUGCUGACAAAUUCGAGUUCGAUCAAAAAUGUGUUACCAUUUCCGAUAAUAAAGCCGCAAUGA